AUGAGCGGCGAGGUUCACGUCCACCCCUCGCACGCGGAGGAUCCCACCGGCUACCCCCCGUGCCGCGUAGCGCACUCGAGGAAAGUCAUGAAGGGAGAGGACAAGUCCUUCGCCGCGCCGGGCGCCGAGUGGCGCGGCGUCCGCUUCGACGCGUUCGGCCUGUUCGACGGGCACGGCGGCAAGGAUGCCGCGGAGCACUGCGCCGAGGCGUUCGUCCCGGCCCUCCUGAACGCCCUCGACGCCCCCGGCCCCAUCCCGGAGGACGCCGAUCCCGAGGAUGUCUUUGAAGAUCGCGUCGCCGAAGCCCUCGCGUCCGCGUUCGCGGACGUCGACGCGCAGUUUCUCGCCAGAGACAUACACAGCGGAGCCACCGCGACGAUGUGCGUCGUCAACGGCAGGCACGUCCACUCCGCCGCCGUCGGCGAUUCCCUCGCGACGCUCGACUGCGGCCACGGAUGCGCGCCCGUUCGGCUCACCCCCGAGCACCGACUGGACACGUCCGCGGCGGAGCGCCGUCGCAUCGAGGAACGCGGCGGGGAGGUCCGCGCCACCGCGUUCGAGGACGGUAAGCCCGUCGGCCCGCUGCGGGUGUGGCCGGGCGGCCUCGCGGUGUCCAGGUCCAUCGGCGACAGGGACGGGAAAAAAGGCGGGGUGUCGUCCGAGCCCGAGGUUUCGCAAUGUUUGGUUCCCGAUUCGCAACCCGGGUUUCGCAUAGUGCUCGCGUCCGACGGACUGUGGGACGCGGUGACGGUCAAGCAGGCGAGCGCGUGCGGCGCCAAGCUCGGUACCGGACCGUGCGCCGCGGCGCUGUGCAAGCUGGCGCAGAAGCAGAAGGAUAACCGCGACGACAUCACCGUCAUGGUCGUCGAUUACCUCGCCAAUUCAAACGACAAGUCGCCGCUGACGAACAAACCGCCGUGGCGCACAGAGCUGGAGGUUCGGUGGCCGCUCGGUCGUAACGGUCGUAACGGUCGCAAACGGUACGACCCGGUCCAACCCGCGAGCGCUCGGAGGAAACUCAGGGUGGAGGGCGACGCGGAGGCGGAGCGCGUGGAGCGCGAGGCGAUCGAGGCGGCGAGGGCGCGAGCAGCAGCCGCUGUAGCCGACUCAACAAUCAAUUCAACCGCGGGCGCAAACGCUCGGCGACUCGCCGAGCUGGAGGCGUACGAGAGGUCCAAGGCGAGCGCUGUGGACGGCGACGACGGGUGGGAGGAGGAUCGAUCUGUCGUCGUCCGCUGA